GCCCUGUAUUUGUAGUGUCGUUUACAUACAUAUUAUAAUUUAAUUGGUAGUUUUAAAUCUCUUGGAAUGGCCAUAAACAGGUAUAUUUAAUUUAACUGAUCGAUAUAAAAAAACUACCUGCUUUAGUAAAGGUUGACGUCGUAGGCUACACAUACGAAAUAGAAGACCUGCCUUGCUCCAGAGACUAUUUUAAUUAAAGGAUUGAGAAUAAGAGUAGCCUGUUAGGAUUUUACUGGAACAUAUUUAUAUUUUCUGUGUUCACCAAAAACCUAAAUAAAGAAUCAUGCAGAGUUCGCCAGUUACGCCCACCUACUUCAGAAGCAAAACAAUGCCGCAAAUGGAACAAACAAUGGUUAUAACAAAGGAAACUAGGAAAAUGCGAGAUAGUCUUUUUUGGGGAUUCAUUAAUGCUGCUAUUCUCUCUGUGAUCGCUUAUGAUAUAGUUUACUCCUGUCCGCUGUAUUCUCCGACUGCACACAUGAUAGAACGCACCAUUGCUGUCAUUCUUGUCCUCAACACUCUGUUUCACUUUUGCCGUUACUUCUGGACAUAUUUGACCCUACAGCCUGUGGCUUUGUCGCCUCGGCAAAAAACACUUCUGGGUAUUAAAGAUUCAGACAACUACUUCAAGACAGCAACGUCCACGCCAGUCAAGCCUCCACAGCAGGUGUAUGAUUCUCCAACAACUCCACUGAACAUGUCUACCAACAGCUGGCUCUCCAGCUCUGUAGUCUCUCACUGCGGCGACCCCAAUGAGAGUGUGAUGUCAGGCAACCUGAACAACUCAUCAGGAUUGUCUUGGCUGUUUCACAACAAGUUGUCCCCGUCGCUGGCCUAUGAAACAUCCAUUCUUCCCACCUCUGAGAUCAUCCAGGACGAGUCUUCGCUCAACCAGUAUCUUAAGGAGUAUGAAACUCUCGAGAGAAGUUCUAUUGUGGAGACCAGUAUGGAACAGCCUUCCAACAUGCUGAGUGGGUUCUGGUGUCACCCUGCGUCUCGGACAACCACUGAAGUGUCACCACUGCUGCGUAGAUGUACCUACCAGAUGUCUAUCUCUCCAGCACAGACCCAGAGUGGAGUGGGUACAGGGGAUGAGACUGGGUCUCCCUCAUCAUACCAACAUGCAGAUGUGUGGCGACGGACUAAGAUAAACCCAACGGUGUUGACAGAGUGGACGGCCAAUCUGCGAAUGUGGAUCUCUCAGACCAUCCUAGGCAGGUUAGUCAGUGAGAUGAAGCAGGUAGACGCAGCUCUUCACGCCCAAGGUCUGGUUGACGUGACGGUGGGAAUGGUCGGACUGGAGCGGCUCAAGAAGACUGCUCAGAUACCUCAGGUGGUGCUGAAUGUACCCAGUCUUGCAAGACUCGUGCCUUUCCUUGAGAUCUCCCAGAACCAGGAGUACGUUGUGUCCAGGAUCAAAGAGCUGGCCAGGGGAGGGUGUAUGAGUGAAUAUCAUUGGAGCAGUGGAGGUAUGUGGGAAGGCAAGGAGUGGACACCAGCACUGCCUACUGACUCGGCUCUCGUGUUACAUCUGUUGGCCACCUACCUUGACUGCCAACUGCCUCAGACGUCACUGCCUGACACUCGCCCAUUCUCCUCCCAACAUCUGGUGAAGCAGCCGAAUAAACCACACCCAGGACAGUUGUGUAUUGUAGAGACAUCUAGUCAGCCUCCCAACUACAUUUUGCAAACUAAGACUGACACUUUCCACACUCCCAAGGGAAGAAACAAUCUGUUCUUCACGAUAUUGCUGUUUCUUCACACUGUGAACACCAAAGAUCAUGGAAUCCUAGGCCGCAUCAAUUUAGGAAGAUCGGGAGUGAAUAUGCUUUGGAUCAUAGACGAUGACAGCUAAACCAACACAAACUACAUGGCUGAAUAAAUCAUAAUAUGAAACCUAAUGUGUUCUUGACUUUUAUUAUAAUUAUAAGUAUAUUUAGUACAUGAAGUGAUUUACUUUGGUAAUAUUGUAACAAUUUGAAGUGAUUUACUAUUGUAAUAUUGUAACCACUCGUAUUUGAGCUAUCAAUUUCUGUUCCAUUAGUUUAUGACAAACUUGAAUGAAUUGUGACUUCAGGACAAUUCAUAUGUUAAUGUAUUAUUUUUUUAUGUGGUUAGU